AUGUCUCACCCAUACGACCAACCAAUAAUCGACAUCGUAAACUACGUCUACAAGUAUACCCUGGACGAAGACGACGAAGAGAUCUGGAAAUGCGCCCGCACGGCUCUUCUCGACGCAAUGGGCUGCGCAAUCGAAACAGCAGCAACAAGCGAAGCAUGUCGCAAACUACUUGGCCCGGUCGUUGAAGGAACAAUCGUUCCAAAUGGCUUCCAGGUCCCAGGAACAAACCUUCAGGUCGAUCCCGUGAGGGGAGCGUUCGAUUUAGGCGUUUUGAUCCGCUAUUUGGAUCAUAACGAUGCGCUCGGUGGUGUGGAAUGGGGACAUCCUUCAGAUAAUCUCGGCGCUAUACUUCCGGCAAUGGAUUGGCUGGCGCGAGCGAGUAUGUCGGGGCACGUUCACCGCGGGCCGCGACUGACGAUACAGACGCUGUUGGUUGCGCUGGUAAAGGCGUAUGAGAUUCAGGGCUGCUACCAAAUGGGGAAUGCGUUUAAUGCCUACGGUAUCGACCAUGUAGUGCUUGUUAAAUUGGCGUCGGGAGCCGUUGUCUCCUGGCUUCUUGGGUUGACAGAAGAGCAAGCCAUGGCGACUGUGUCUCAUGUCUGGAUGGAUGGCCAUCCGAGUCGAGUGUAUCGAUCUGGAUCGAACACAAUCCCGAGGAAAGGCUGGGCGGCCGGUGAUGCAGCAAGAAGGGCUUUGGAGCUGGCGCUUUUGGUGUUGCGGGGCCAGCCUGGGUCGCCUGGGGCUUUGAGUGCGAGGCCGUUUGGAUUUUUGGAGAGAACGUUUGGAAAGGCGUUUGUGCUACCGCGGGCUUUUGGGUCAUGGACUGUCAGAAAUGUGUUGAUCAAGACUAUGCCUGUUGAGGGACAUGCGAUUUCUGCUGUGGAGGCGGCUGUUUUGCAGGCUGGUGUGUUUCGGCGGAUGGGGUUGUUGGAUCCUGUUGGACAAAUUGGAGGGAUAUCGCUGAGGACAACUGACGCUGCAAUUAUGAUUAUUGACAAACAAGGUCCGCUCAACAAUGCUGCUGAUCGGGACCACUGCAUUCAGUAUGUUGUUGCUUUGGCUUUCCUGAAGGGAAGUCCUCCGGAGGCGGCAGACUAUCUAGACGAGAGCCCUUGGGCAAAGAGCAAGGAUCUGACAGCCCUGCGGGAAAGGAUUGUCGUCAAGGGUGACCGUCGCCUUCAGGAAGAUUACUUGGAUCUGGACAAAAAAAGCAUCGGGGCGGGCAUGACGGUCUAUCUCAAAAAUGGCACAGAAUUGCGGGAGAUCUUGAUUAAGUAUCCUGUGGGACACGUACGGAACCCCAAAACACCUGCAGCGGUGCAGCAGAAGUUUUUCAAAAAUAUGGGCUAUAUGUUUUCCCCGACAGAGAUCAGUCGGAUUUUGGGGGCUGUUCGAAAUCCAGAUGUUUUAAUGUCGGAUUUCAUGGAUCUUUUCAUUCCCUCGUUGGUCACGUCAAGGUUAUAG